CCCCGAAGACCCCGGCUUCCAGAGGGAGGAAGAAGAAGGAAAAGAAGGAGAAGGAGGAGGAGAAGCAGCAGCAGCAUCCCGUCGUCUUUUUGUCGGGAUUGCGGCCCUGGCAGGGAAUUCAGGGGAAAGCAUCCUGGCAGCUGGGACAGUCUUGGACUCGUUGGGGUCGAGCUGAGCCCCCCAUCCCACCCAGGGGCAGCACGGACACAACAAAUCCGCCCUGCCAGGAGACGUGGGAAAUCGGGGGGAAGAUCUGGGAACAGUCCGAGCCACUGGAUGGGCUGUGGGGAGAGGCUGCCAGCCUGCCACUUGGAAAGGACCAGCCGGCCUGGGGGCAACAGAGGGCCUAGGAGGGACGAGGAACAGCAAGGAGGGUAUCCAGCCAACUCCCUCCCGCUGACCACUGCUAUGUCCUAACCUCCCACUCUGGUUCCCUUCCCCAUGCCCUUUCCCCACAUCCGGAAAUAUGAUCAGCGCCCCUGAUGUGGUGGCUUUUACCAAAGAGGAAGAGUACGAGGAAGAGCCCUACAAUGAGCCGGCGCUGCCCGAGGAGUACUCAGUGCCCCUCUUUCCGUUUGCCAGCCAGGGGUCCAACCCCUGGUCGAGACUGUCGGGGGCCAAGUUCGCCAGGGACUUCAUCCUCAUCUCCGAGUUCUCCGAGCAGGUGGGCCCGCAGCCCCUGCUCACCGUCCCCGAUGACGCCAGGGUCUUCGGCACCUUCGACCUCAAUUACUUCUCGCUGCGGAUCAUGUCUGUGGAUUAUCAGGCCUCGUUCGUGGGCCACCCACCCGGGUGCGCCUACCCCAAGCUGAACUUCGUGGAGGACUCCAAAGUCGUGCUGGGGGACUCCAAGGAAGGGGCUUUUGCUUACGUGCACCACCUCACCCUCUACGACCUAGAGGCCCGGGGCUUUGUGAGGCCUUUCUGCAUGGCCUACAUUUCCACCGACGAGCGCAAGAUCAUGCAGCAGUUCCAGGAGCUCUCCGCGGAAUUCUCCAGGGCGUCCGAGUGCUUGAAGAAGGGGAACCGCAAAGCCUUCGCAGGCGAACUGGAGAAGAAGCUGAAGGACCUGGACUACACCAGGACCGUGCUGCACACCGAAACGGAGAUCCAGAAGAAGGCCAACGACAAAGGGUUCUACUCCUCCCAGGCCAUCGAGAAGGCCAACGAACUGGCCAGCGUGGAAAAGUCCAUCAUCGAGCAUGAGGAUCUGUUAAAGCAAGUCAGGUCUUACCCCGCCCGCAAGCCGAAGGAGUCGGGCCGGCGCCCUCACGGGCCCGAGGGGCCCCGGGAGCAAGUCGCCCCGAACUCCGACCGGGCACCCGCUACCUCCAACCCCGACGAGCUCGUGGAAACCAACCUCUAUGCCCGCCGGGCCUCCUAUACCCCCAAGCUCAUCAAGGCCAAGUCCGCCAAGUGCUUCGAUAAAAAGCUGAAGACCCUAGAGGAGCUCUGCGAUACUGAGUUUUUCACCCAGACCCUGGCUCAGUUGAGUCACAUCGAACACAUGUUUAGAGGGGACUUGUGCUACCUCUUGACGAGCCAGAUCGACCGAGCGCUGUUACAGCAGCAGUGCAUCACAAACUUCCUCUUCGAAGAUCUGGUGGAUUUCGACGAGACGGGGGCGAGGAAGCGGGAUGACGUUCAGCUGGAGCCCGAUCAAGAAGGGGCCCAGCCCAAGUCUUUGGAAGAGUAUCCGGUCCCUAAAGUCUUCAUCAGCGUGGGGUCUUACAAGUCCAGCGUGGAGUCCGUGCCCAUCAAAAUGGAGCCGGAGCUCGGAGAGGACCCCGGAGACGUCGAGGCGACCGAGCCUAGCGUGUACGGCUACCGGGAGAGCCUGGAUUACCUGGACAUGGAUAUGAAAGGCAGCGUCAGUAGCGGCGAAAGCAUCGAGGUCCUGGGGACGGAAAAGUCCUCUUCCGCCCUGCCCAAGUCGGACAGCCAGACGAGCUUGACGGCCCCCCUGAGCCCGCGGGUGGUCCGGAGCCAGGCGGUCAGCCAAAGGACCAUCAGCGAGGACAGCAUCGAGGUCCUCAGCACGUGUCCCUCCGAGUCGUUGAUCCCCGGCGACUUCAAAGCGAGCUACCCAAGUGCCAUCAACGAAGAAGAGCCCUGUGCGGAAGAGCCGCCUGCGGAGGACGAAGAGGGAGGGAUCCGCUUCAGUGCCGGCGGAAGCCCCGGAGGCGUCGGCGAGGCCGAGGGUGGCGGAGAAAUCCCCUUGACGCAGUCGGACUCGAGCUGUUGCAUCGGGAAAGAGAGCCCCGGUCUCCUGGGGCCCCAUCCCGCCCUCACCCAGAAACCCUGCGACGACGACGGGGUGGUCAGUAUCCCCCCGCGGCCCUACAGGCAGAGGGAACUGGGCUUCCACGUGGACUUCACGGUCGAGGACCUCGGCUGUCCUUCCCGGGACGAGGCCCCCGGAGGCUCCCCCGUUCACGAGGUGGAUCCGGGCUGCCCGGGCGGCGGCCGGGACAUCAGCAGGAUCAGCCUGGACGAAUACUCCGACUCCACCAGCCACGUGAGCAGCAGCGCGGCCUCCACGGGUUCCGACCGGACCCCCUCUCCGGCUCGCCAAGCCGGCCACUCCUCCGAGCGGCACAGAAAGAGGGCGGGGCAGAACGCGUUGAAGUUCAUCCGGCAGUACCCCUUCGCCCCUCCGGCCAUCUACUCCCUGCUCAGCGGGAGGACCCUGGUCGUGCUGGGGGAAGAAGAAGCUUUAGUGAGGAAGCUGGUGACGGCCCUGACCAUCUUUGUUCCAAACUAUGGCGGGUCCACCAAGCCCGUGAAACACUGGCUCACCACCCCUUUGCACAUAACGGAUUUUCAGAAGUGGAAGCUGAUCGGCUUGCAGAGAGUGACCUCCCCAGCCGGCGUCAACACCCUGCACGCCCUGAACCGCUACAGCCGCUACGCCAGCGUCCUGGACCUGGACAGCAAGACCCUGUGCUGCCCCGCGUACCGCGGAACCCUGGUCCCUCGGCUCGCGGACCACCGCACGCAGAUCAAGCGGGGGGGCACGUACUACCUGCACGUCCAGAGCCUCCUGACCCAGCUGUGCUCCAAGGCCUUCCUGUACACCUUCUGCCACCACCUGCACCUGCCCGUCAGCGAGAAGGAGCCCGAGGAGGCCGUCCUGGGCCGGCAGAUGAACUUCCUCAAGCUGCAGCUGGGCCUGGUGAACGAGGACGUCAAGGUGGUGCGCUACCUGGCCGAGCUGCUCAAACUGCGGUACGUCCAGGAGCCCCCCAGGGACAGGAACCCCGUGCUCAGGUUUGACUACGUCCCCAGCUCUCUGUACAAAAUCUAAGCCCCGCUGGACGCUCAGGACCGGGAGGGCCGGCGGGGAAGGGAAACACGAGCCGGACUCCACGCUUUCCCUCCUCGAGGCCGGCUGGAAAAGGAACUGGACGUUUUGGCGGCGGGCGGCGUCUCCGUGUUGCCCGUCGUCGUCGAAGAAAGCGCAGGAUUCCUGGGUGGUAUCUGGCAAAUGGAAAACUGGAGUCGUGGCGGCGGGGCGGGAUUGGGAUUUUUCACCACGAGGCAACGUGGGAAGGGGCCAAAAGGGCUCUCAGCCUGCUGGUAACCGUCUGGGGAGGCGGGUUCUCCGGCCGUGGAGUGACUUUAUGAUUUCCAGCGAGCGAUCGGUCCGGACCAGGAGAGAGCGGGUGAUCGCGUUACGCUCUGCCUGGAGGAUUUGAGCAGCUACAAACUCUUAAGUGUCGUGUAACUCAGAGCAUAACUCAGAGCACGGGAUCUCAAGGAGGAGAUGGUCCUGGCUAGGAUGGAAACUCAGGGGUGGGGGGGUGGCCUCUUAGCUGGGAUGAAGUGCACAGCUAAACACAGCAGUUGCCAAACGUGUGGUUUGUGGGGGUGGGAACGAGGGGCAAAAAUUAGUGCUGGAAAAGUUGUGGUUUUUUUUUAAGCUCAACCCUGGUAAUUAGAAACGUCCCUAACGUA